AUGUAUUCUUUCAUCGCCUCGUGGGCAUCGCUAUGUUCUCUUCUCAUAUUUGUUUCCAGCGUGAAUGCAGCCGUGCCAGAUAAACAAGGCAUCCUAGCCCAACUGAGAAAGAAUGGAGCGUGUUGCACCGCGUUGGAUUACUUCUUGCCAGACAAAGUCCACUUCAACAUCCUCACGGAUGCAGCCUAUGCCAAUUCUCAGCACUCCUUUUGGGCUGCGCAGCCGCAAAGCUUGACCCCUACAUGCAUAGUUAUCCCCACUAGCACUCAGGAUGUCUCGACGGCAAUUGCCAUCCUUAGCAUUGCAAACCAAGCUUCAAUAAGAGGGUGCCAAUUUGCUAUCAGAGGAGCAGGGCACACUCCCAACAAAGGCGCCAACAACAUUGACGGCGGCGUGACUAUUGAUAUGCAAAGUAUGGAUCAGGUCGUGGUGUCUGACGAUCGAAAGACCGUUAGCAUUGGGCCUGGGAACCGAUGGAGGAAUAUCUAUCCCAAAUUAGAUGAACUGAAUCUUGUUAUGGUUGGCGGGCGUGCCUCGCAGGUCGGGACUGGAGGGCUCGUCACCGGCGGUGGAAUAUCGUACUUUUCUGGUCGCUACGGCUUUGUAUGCGAUAACGUCAAAAGUUUCGAGGUUGUGCUCGCAAAUAGUAGCAUUAUAACGGCGAGCAACACCAAGAACUCCGACAUCUUCCGUGCUCUCAAAGGCGGCAGUAACAACUUUGGAGUCGUUACUCGGAUUGACACGGCGCUUUACCCGCAGGAGAAGUUCUGGGGAGGUACCAUUGCCCAACCGAUCACUAACAAGGAACUGCUGUGGCCAUUUCUAUCAACCUUGACAGCAAGCGCGAAUUUCGAUCCUUAUGCUGCUAUCAUUAUCAAUUUCGCAUGGUUAGCCGGUGUCCCAAGCAUCGUAAACAACGUUAUUUAUACAGACUCCGAUGCGACAUGGCCACCGCCCUCACUCCAGCCCCUAGAUAGCAUGCCGAAGAUUUCGACAACCAUCCGAAAAGAUGCUCUCACAAGUUUCACGGACGAGCUCGCGGCCACUCUUGUCAUCACAACGGGCCGUCUGAACAUAUUCUCAACCCUGACCUUUAUAAACGACGUGGAAGCGACACCGGAAUUCCUAGCCGCCGUCUUCGACAUCGUCGACGCCACUGCGAAAGAACUCCUCACGGUGGUGGGUCUCAUAUUCACAUGUUCAUUUCAACCAAUCCCCCGGACAAUCUACGCCAAAUCAGCGGGAACAGGAGGGAAUGUACUCGGACUGGAACGAUUUGAUAAGGAUUUUAUCAACUUCCUCUUCUCUUUAUCGUGGCAACUACCGAUUGACAAUGCUCGAGUCGAAGCAGCCUUGAAGACGGCUGAGGCAGCCAUUGUGGAUCUGGCUAAGAGGAGCGGCCUUUAUAGCGAGUAUGUGUAUCUUAACUAUGCUGCGCAGUGGCAGGAGCCUGUGAAGUCGUAUGGUGCGCAGAAUGUGCAAUUUAUGCGUGGUGUCAGCAAAAAAUAUGAUCCGAAUGGGCUGUUUCAGAAGGCGGUACCUGGAGGGUUUAAGUUGGGCAUUUGA